AGUUGUCACGACGUCUGAAAAAAUAGAGGAAGGAAACAAACACUGUUCAUAUUACACAUACACUCUGCCUAGUCCACUUCUGCUCUGUCCACGAGAUAAUACUAAACAUUACAAUGUUGUUGGAGUUUGCUGGUUUUCUUCACUUGAUCUUUCUGAUACAUGCUCAAGUUUUUUCUCCUCAGAAAACCUGGCCUGUAAGAUGUGUUGAUGAAAGCAUCUGUACAUUAGAAACCAUGCACGUGUUCAUCAAAUGCUCUUACACACACAGCAGCAUCCACACUGUGAUCUGGUUCAGUCCUAAACAGAAAAAUAAAUGGAAGAAAGAGAAUUAUCCAGAGGAUCUGGCUUUGGACUUUGACUUUGCUGGCCGUGUCAGUCACACUGAGACCCUAAACUCCAGCACUCUGACAAUAAGAGACGUGAGACUGCGAGACUCUGGAGAAUAUCGCUUCAUGCUCGUCGCAGCAAACGGAGAGAAAUAUCUCAGCUCAUCAGCCGUGAAUCUGACAGUAACAGACUUGCAGGUGAAGGUACACCCCGGCAUCAUGGAGCAGCCAUUAACGCUCACCUGCAGCACCCAUUGCAGACUGACUACAAACUGGAUUACCUGGUGGAAGAACGGCAUACGUGUGAAUGCGCUCCAAAAUUCUGAGCCUCUUAAUCUAGCUGGUGCUGGUGAAGGAGGCAGCUACUCCUGUUCAGUCAAAACCAAAGUGAAUAAUAUCUAUUCCCCUGCAUACUGUGUUUCGGAAAAGGAUUGCUGGACUGUGACUUAUGCUCAAAGAAGAGUGUGUGCUUUAAAAGGUUCAUCUGUGAACUUCCACUGCACUUAUUUAUAUCCCAGUGGACAAAAAGUCAAUGAAAGCUACUGGACGUUCAAUCAGAAGGCCGUGAGACGUUUAGAAGAGUUUGCAGGUCGUGUGGAGUUUGUCGGAGAUAAAGUGAAUAACUGCACUUUAAGACUGACUGACCUUAAAGAGAGCGACUCGGGAGAUUACCGCUUUCACUUCACCACCAGUACCCCACACAGAGCCUUCAGUAGCUCACUCUGGGUCCAGCUGAUUGUUACAGAUGUUCAGGUCAGGGUGAAUUCUACCAAAGUGUCUGAUGGACAGACAAUAAUUUUGAGCUGUAUUACCAGCUGUACUCUUCCUCACCAUAUGUUUAGCUGGUACCAGAAUGGCAAAUACAUAAUGAACAAACCCACCAAAUGCAACAAUCUUUAUCUGGAUGAACCUAGCUACAACGAUAGAGAUGAAUACACAUGUGCUGCAAGAGUCAUUGAAGCCAAGAGCAUCACAGCAGGUUCAGAACGUGAUUGGUGGUGGAUUCAGCAUGCUAUAUAUGCAGCAGUGGGAUUCCUUUCAAUAUCAAUUUUGAUUUUGUUGAUUCAUCUUAUCAGAAGGGCAAAACGAAGCAAGAAUGAUACAGAUACUCAGUGUAUUACAAACCCUGUAGUUGACAUAUACACCAGUCUGGACCCAAAGACCAUGUCUCCCACUUAUGAUGUUCUUAGUAAUUUUCAGGCUGUAGAGGUUUCACUAACAGACACCUACACUUCUCUAAGCCCUGUAAACCGGUCCUCUGAUUACUGCACACUAUUUGCCUAUUCAAGGAUGAUGAGACACCAGCAAAUGCAUCCGGCACACGUAUCCGGUCAGGUUGCAAAAUCUUCAGCCGGUGCAGAACUAAAAGAAUCCUCAGGCUCAAUGUAUGAAAAUGUAGUACUCAAAAUGUAGAACUGUUAGACUGCACCACAUUCAUUGCAUAAUUUAUUUUGAGUUUGCAUGUGAUAUUAUAUUAGUAUAGAAACUGUUGGUAUUUUUUUUGUUGACAAUUAAAUAAAUAAAAAAGCAUAAUAUGCAAAAAUGAAUAAAAACAGUCAACACUAGAAUAAAAACUCUAACAGAAUCAGCUAUAGGUCUUAAGCAUAUUAUUAUAAAUAUAUAUCUUUAUAUUAAUGUACAGUCAAAGCAUACCAGGUUAUUGUUAUAUUCUAUCUAUAGUUUAUAGGACUGUGGUUUAGAGACAGUGGCAUUGAGUAAAAGACAGGAAGCUGGAUUCAGUAAAGGAUUAAAAAAAUAAGUUUAUUAGAGGGACCACACAUGCAGGACGCUUUAGAGACAAGGUUAGAGAGGCGAGAUUGAGAUGGUUUGGACAUGUGCAGAGGAGGGACGUGGGGUAUAUCGGUAG